UUUUAUGCGUCCACAAAUUGAAAACGCAAUUGCAAAUACAAUUUGCAAUUCCUUUUGAAUAAUGUCCGGAAUAUCAUUCCAUAAAUAAUAAAUACUUUUAUGUUAAUGAAUAACCUUUGAACAGUCACAUGACCAUCAAAAUCUCUCCCAAUCUGGUAUAUCGUUUUUGGACGGAUGAAAAAUGACGUUUUUAAAUCUUUUCGGACGCUUAAAAUCAAAUGUCAUUGGCAUGAUUCACGUCCGAGCCCUGCCUGGAACCCCCUUGAACAGCGCAACUAUCACAGAGAUCACAGAGGAGGCAUGUCGAGAGGCGGAAAUUUACCAGCACGCAGGACUUGAUGGAGUGAUCAUUGAAAACAUGCAUGAUGUUCCAUACACCCUUGACGUGGGUCCAGAGGUGUGUGCCUCCAUGACAGCUGUGUGUGCUGCAGUCAGGGGACUUUAUCCAUCUUGGCCGCUUGGUGUACAAAUUCUGUCAGCUGCGAACCAAUCAGCGCUGGCCGUUGCCCUGGCCUCAGGGCUGGAUUUUAUCCGUGCAGAGGGGUUUGUGUUUUCACACGUUGCAGAUGAAGGCCUAUUAAAUGCUUGCGCUGGUGAGUUGCUGCGCUACCGCAGACGCAUCGGAGCAGGGCACAUUCAGAUCUUUACAGAUAUCAAGAAGAAGCACAGUGCUCAUGCCCUAACUUCAGAUGUGAGUAUAGCUGAGACAGCCCAAGCUGCUGAGUUCUUCCUCUCUGAUGGAGUCAUCGUCACAGGAACUGCAUCUGGAGCUCAAGCUGAUCCAAAAGAACUAAAGGAGGUCACCCAGUCUGUAAGAAUCCCUGUUCUCAUCGGUUCUGGUGUCACUCACAGCAAUGUGGAACACUACCUUGAAGCAGGUGCCAUGAUCAUUGGCUCCCACUUUAAGAAAGGAGGCUACUGGGCAAAUGGUGUCGAUGCAGAGAGAGUGAAAAGGUUCAUGGAGAAGAUGCACAAACUUCGGGAGAGAAUUCAGACAUAGUACUGUAUAUUACGCUAGUGUUGUGGUGUGACAGUAUAUUAGUACCAUAUAUAUAUAUAUAUGUAUAUUUGUUGUUUAUUGAAAUAGUAUAAAAAAUAAAGA